GCUCUAUCUACCUAGGUAGGUACUAUUCCUGACGUAAGUAUGCUUACAAGAAGAUGUUAAAUACCUAUAAUAGGUUGCCUCGAUCCAACUACACGACAUAUAUGUAUUUAUCUAUUUCUAAGUGGUAGGUACAUCGGUAUUCCAAUGCAAUAAAGAAACAGACUUGAAAGGUCUUCCACGAUAGGAUUAGAUAUAGCGACCCGCGGGACCAAAGCUACAGAUAGGUAGAGAUCUAUAUAUAUACAUAAUACACUGACAUUAGAAAUACCUAACAUGUCGAAAAAAGCUGACGACGAUUCCAACAUUGUACUUACUGUGUAGUCUAGUAGCACCUAGCAAAUCAGGAUAGGUAUUAUGUUGGAUACCUAUCUCGGCAGAGCUCCUGCAAGUCAAUUCAAAUCAAUUAAGCUUAACGGAGGUUGUCAAGACAUUAUCAGCAAUCUAUUCUCCCUGCCUAGGUAGAUAGCUAAGAAAAGCAUUAUUCCAUCAUGGAGAAAUCACAACCCCUUUCUUCAAACGACGUCCCUGCCGAUCCACCUCCCGCCUACGCACCAUCUGCCAAAGAACAUGGUCUACCCAUCCGCCAACCCCAACAACCUCAGCAAGGACGGCGUCCUCCACCAUUGGCGCCUCUCGAGCUGCCCAUCCUAAAGUACAUGCAGACACACCGCGUCAUCCUGGCCUCUGCCUCCCCAAGACGCCGAGCCCUUCUCGCCCAGAUCGGACUUCCCAACCUCGAAGUCAUACCCUCGACACAACCCGAGAACCUCCCCAAGGACCAAAUGGGUGCCUUCGAAUACGUCUCCUCGACAGCCCAGCAGAAAGCCCUGGACGUCUACCACGCAGCUAUAAAGCAGUCCGAGCAGGCCAACGAGGCAGCCGAGAGAAUCGGUUCUGAAGCCGGACAGAACACAGUCAAGGACCCCGAUCUCGUCAUAGCAGCCGACACAGUCAUCGUCACCCGAGAGGGCGCGAUCCUGGAGAAGCCGCCUUCCGAACAGGCCCACAAGCGCAUGCUGCGCCAUCUCCGGGACACGCGGACCCAUCGUGUAUUAACCGCCGUGUGCUGCGUGGCCCCCAAGGCCGACGCCAGCUUUCCCGGCUACGCCAUGUCGAGCCACAUCGAGGAGACAAAGGUGACAUUCGCCAAGGCGAGCGACGGACUGCCCGACAAUGUCAUCGACGCCUACGUGAGGACGCGCGAGGGCGUCGACAAGGCUGGUGGGUAUGCUGUGCAAGGCAUAGGGGGCAUGAUGCUUGUGGAGAAGAUUGAGGGAAGCGUGGAUAAUGUCGUGGGUCUGCCGGUCAGACAGUGCCUGCAACUCUGCGAGAAGGUCGUCUUCAAGCAAGACGAGGAGAGCGAAGGGGAGGAGAGUGAAUAAGCGAUUGAAGUUGCUGCGCAUCUAAUCUAAGAAGGACUCUCCCGAGUUGAUGAUUGUAAAAAGAAAACAUGCUUGGUCAUGAUUAAUACGGAUUCUGGCACUGGUAUAUAUUGGUUUCUACAUAUGAUAAUAAGUAAGCAAGCAAGUAAGCAAGCUAUACUACCUAGACAUAGAACGUACAUGGAAGCAAGAUAUGGAUAAUGUUCAGGUCAAUGCUAGCAUAGUCAGUCGGGUUCAGCUCUUGCUUCUCCGUACUUUGUGAUGUUGGUUAGAUCUUCAAUUGGCGCGCCUCCAUGCUGAGACUUGGCCACUGGGGAUGUGCGGUCCUCGGAUGUUCAGUUAAGCGCUCUGAUUAGAGCACUACCUGUGUUACUGUUUCGACGGGAAGACGAAUGGCUUUGGUGAGCAAGCUUCCUUGUUCCUUCGCCAUCUACAUAGUUCGUGGAAUUGCUUGCUGGCUUCUCUACGCCACGGUAGGAUCCAGGCGUGUCUUCGGUCUUUUGGCGGCAUCGACAUCUGAGCUUCGGGCCACGGUUCAAGCGAACUCGACGAAUUGACCCGUUCGCGAUAAUGGUGCGCCCACCUUGUAGUACGCCAUCUCGACAUGUCGGAGAUUCUGGUGACUGACUCCUAGUUGGGGUUAAAGAAGUUGUGGCCUUGUGGGCAUCAACAAGAGGACCAGGAAAACCCACC